UACUUUUUCUGUGGUUUUAACUAACCUACUUCUGUCUGUAUUGAAGUUGACUUAUUUUAUAUAUUAUUUAAAUAAUGGUUGUUAAUACAUUUUUUACUAAUUAAAGUGAUACAAUUAAGAGCACGGAAAUACAGGAAAGGUUAUUAACAAAGAAAUGGACGUCCAAAAUGUUAAACAAGAAAUAGAUAAACACGAUGAUUUCCUAUUAAAUAUCGAUAUAAAAAAAGACUUAAUUGACGAAGUAUCUACAAUAAAAAUUCAAAAUACAAAUGAACAAAUAAAUGAAAUUCAUUCAAUCAAACAAGAAAUCGACGAUGACUUGAAUACAAAUAAAAUAUUUGAUAACAAUGUGGAUGCAACUAAUAAAACAAAAAGGAACAUUUCGAGUACUCAAUUCAUACUGAAUAAACCGGGAUAUUCGAAAGCUGCCCAUAGAAAGGGAAUUAAAUCAAAAGUUUCAGGAAUAAUUAGAAAUUGCAAAUAUAUUCAACCAAAUGCUAUGGGGUUAAUGAUAUGUGUAUAUUGUGGAAAAUUAUACACAAAACAAGGAGAAUUGUUAUACCACUUAUCAAUAAAUCAUUGUAUAAAAGGAAACAAAUUUUAUAAUAUACAUAAUAAAAGUAAAAGUGAUACAUGUAUUAUGGAAAAUAUUGAUAUAAAAGAUGAAAUUGAAGUAAUUGAACAUGAAUUGAAAAUGGAGCUGCAGGACACUACAAACCAGUUGGAUGUUACUGAUAAUUUAAAUUCAAGUCUAUAUAAUGGUUCGAAAUCCAUUCAAAUCAAUUCAAAUGUGGAUUCACAUACUUACACAAGGACAAAACCAUUGAAAUGUGACAUUAAUAGGAAACUUUUCUCUAAUGAAAAUAAUUUAAAUAUACAUAUGAGUAGUCACAAGGGAGAAAAGCUAUUCAAGUGUGAUAUUUGUUACAAACAUUUUUCACACAGCAAUGGUUUGAAGAAACAUUUGCGAAGUCAUACAGGAGAAAAGCCAUUCAAAUGUGACAUUUGUAUAAAAACUUUUUCAGAUAGGAGUAAUUUGAAAAGACAUUUCCGUAGUCAUACAGGAGAAAAGCCAUUCAAAUGUGAUAUUUGUUUUAAAACUUAUUCACAGUCAAGUGAUUUGAAGACACAUUUAAGAAGUCAUACGGGAGAAAAGCCAUUCAAAUGUGAUAUUCGUUUUAAAACUUUGGCACAGUCAAGUGAUUUGAAGACACAUUUGAGAAGUCAUAUAGAAGAAACGCCAUUGACAUGUGACAUUUGUUUAAAAACUUUUUCACAUAAAGGUAACUUGAAGUCACAUUUGCGUAGACAUACAGGAGAGAAGCCAUUCAAAUGCGACAUUUGUUUGAAAACUUUUCCACAUAAAAGUAGCUUGAACAGACAUUUGCGUAGUCAUACAGGAGAAAAGCCAUACAAAUGUGAUAGUUGUUUUAAAACAUUUUCACAGUUGAGUGAUUUGAAGACACAUUUGCGAAGUCAUACUGGAGAAAAGCCAUUCAAAUGUGACAUGUGUUUUAAAACUUUUUCAGAUAGGCGUAAUUUGAAGGUACAUUUGAGUAGUCAUACUGGAGAAAAGCCAUUCAAAUGUGAAAUUUGUUUUAAAACUUUUUCGCAGUCAACUAAUUUGAAGACACAUUUGCAUAUUCAUACAGGAGAAAAGCCAUUCAAAUGUGACAUUUGUUCAAAAACUUUUUCACAUAGGAGGGGUUUGAAAAGACACGUGCAUAGUCAUACAAGAGAAAAGCCAUUCCAAUGUGACAUUUGUUUUAAAACUUUUUCACGGUCAAGUGAUUUGAAGACACAUUUGCGUAGUCAUACAGGAGAAAAGCCGUUCAAAUGUGACAUUUGUUUGAAAACUUUUUCAGAUAAGAGUAAUUUGAAGACACAUUUGCGUUAUCAUACAGGAGAAAAACCAUUCAAAUGUGAUAUUUGUUUUAAAACUUUCUCACAUUCAAGUGAUUUGAAGACACAUUUGCGUAGUCAUACAGGAGAAAAGCCGUUCAAAUGUGCCAUUUGUUUGAAAACUUUUUCACAGUCAAGUAAUUUGAAGACACAUUUGCGUAUUCAUACAGGAGAGAAACCAUUUAAAUGUGACAUUUGUUUAAAAACUUUUUCAGAUAAAGGUAACUUGAAGAAGCAUUUGUGUAGUCGUACAGGAGAAAAGUCAUUCUAAUGUAGGCUGGCCAUUAAAACUUUGUUUAGAAACGUGACACUAGAUUAUUUUUGCGGUUAUUUAUGUUUAUGAAAUUAUUGAAACAAAAUACAAAACAGGGUAUUUACAAAACUUCAAAACACUUUCGUUUUUUAUGGACAUUUUGUCAAAUUCACCACAAGAAGGAUCGAAAUUCACUCGGGUAACAAGGGACUUACCGUUUCGAUCUGUAGACGAGAUUUUUCAAAUGUCCAAAUGUUAUUCAUCAGGGAAAAUACACGUUCAACUAGAGCUCAGUCAACACUGAGGUUAUUACAACAAAAACACGAGGUAUUACCUUACUUAUUAUUAGAAAAACUGACAAAAGUUACACGAAUAUUUUAUAUAAGCAACGACCCGCCGCUAUAUUUUGCUUAGUACUUAAUAUCUACGUUCCGCGCAUGAGGAGGUCAUUGUUGCGUGACGCCAUCUACAAACCACGGUCCACACCCAACCACCUCGGCCACUGCAAAAUAAUCUUAUUGAUAGGAUGGAAUCUGUUUUUCUUUCAACACACACGGUUUUCUAUUGAAAAAAAAAUUACUUGAUAUUUGUUAAAACCCCCCCUUUCCACCAAGUGAGAUUUGGAAAGAUUUAACUUUUGUCGAAAAAUGGGAGAUUUGAACCGCCCGUCGUCGUCUGGCCUGCAUUGCAGCAGCUUAUAAUUUAAUGGAAGGACCUCUUUCUCGUCGAUGGUGGCAGAGACAAUUGUUUUUACGGCGUUAUGAAUAUAGUGGCGAUCGAAUUAAUUCUAUACACUUUAUAACUGGUCCGGUUCGGUACAGUUCCAGUGCAGAUAUUAAGAACAAACCUUUAGUUAUAACUAUCAUUUUUAUACUCAUAGUUUAGUUUCUUUUGAAAAAGAUGUUUUAAUUUUAUAGUGAAAUAAAACAAAAUUGCAAAAUAAGGUUUUGUGUUUACACAUAAAACCCUCAGUAUUAUCACAAAUCAGCCGUAUCUGAAUUUAUUUAUAUUGUUUUAAACAGAAUAUCCCUUAUCUGAAUAAUAUUAAUAAGUAGUGUUAACCACUGUAUUAUCUUGAAUUAUGACAGAUUUCGUUAUUUCAAUUAUAUCAAAUAAAAAAAAAUGUAUUCUUUUUUUUACAACUGAACUAGUUAACUAAUAUUUCAAUAAGGACACUAAAAAACUUUUGUCAACAAAUAAGUGUAGUAUUUGUUUCUAACAGUUACUUCUUUAAACAAAAUAUUGUAACAAUUGAAAUUAUUUAGGAAUAUACAACACCUUAUUUA